GAGGAAAAACAAGGCGCGAACGGCGGAAGGUUAACUGGUAAAAUAGCUAAACUUGUGCACGAUUUAUUAGUUAUUCUGACUUUAGAGUCUCGUUUCUGCUAAGUAUUCAAACAUUAGAGCGGCCGAAAGACGGUUAAGGUCUACUGUGCCACAGAUCAGUCCAGAAACAUGUCACGACAGAUGGAAGACAGCCAUCGACGGUUCCUACAGACCAUGAUGGCCAAUGGCAUUGUUGAUGAACAAAGUGCAAGGACACUAUAUCAAUAUUGUUGUGAAACCCAUAACACUCAGCACAUCCCUGAUAAACUGGAUGAUUUCAUUGAAACCAUCAACUCAAAGCUGCAGCCCAUGUUCAUGCAAAUUAGAAAAGGAAUGUCUGAAGACAACGGUCACCAGUUCUAUGCAUUGGUGAACAUGGCUGAGACUGAUGUCACCAGGAUGUCGUCAGAUUACGCUGACAAUGAGCUGGAGCUGUUCAGGAAAACGAUGGACCUGAUCGUUUGCUCUGAGAAUGGCAAGGCCUCCUCCACUGAUAUUCUGAACAGCGCCGACAUCCUGACCACCAAAAAGCUGAAGAAGAGCGAGACCGAGCACCUCUUGAACCGACUCGUGCACGACAAAUGGCUCAAUGAGAAACGGGGUGAAUACACUUUGUCCACCAGAUGUAUUAUAGAGAUGGAGCCAUAUAUUCGCUCAAUGUAUCAGGACCAGGUCAAAGUGUGCCACAUCUGUCGCAACAUUGCUUUUCAGUGCCAAAUUUGUGAGAAGCCUACAUGUGGUAUAAAAAUACACAACCCCUGUGUGGCCAGAUAUUUCAAAGGAAGAGCAGAGCCGCGUUGUCCCGCUUGUGAUGACUUUUGGCCACAUGAAAUCCCUGAAGUCAGACGGCCCCGGUCUCAGUCCAGGCGAUGAGGAUUUCAGCAUCAAAUGUGUUUAGUAUUUUUAACAUAACUCUGUAAUAAACUAAACUGUUAAUAUAA